CGGGCCAGAGUGCCGAGCGGGCGUCGCGCAGGCAGACAGGCCGCGGCCGCGCCGCCGCCAGAUCCCCCUCCCGCGCCCAGCCAUGCCGUGCGCGGGCCCACCCUGAGCCGAGGCCUCCGAGGCCGGGCGGGCUCGGGGCCUCGGGACCGGGCCGGGGCCAUGCUUGCACUGCCCUGACGAUGCCGCCCGCCGCGCCCGCCCGCCUGGCGCUCGCCUUGGGCCUGGGCCUGUGGCUCGGGGCGCUGGCGGGGGUCCCCGGGCGCGGCUGCGGACCGUGCGCGCCCCCCUGCCUCUGCGGCCCGGCGCCCGGCGCCGCCUGCCGCGUCAACUGCUCCGGCCGCGGACUGCGGACGCUCGGGCCCGCGCUGCGCAUCCCCGCGGACGCCACAGCGCUAGAUGUCUCCCACAACCUGCUCCGAGCGCUGGACAUCGGGCUCCUGGCGAACCUCUCGGCGCUGACGGAGCUGGACAUAAGCAACAACAAGAUUUCUACAUUAGAAGAAGGAAUAUUUGCUAAUUUAUUUAAUUUAAGUGAAAUAAACCUGAGCGGGAACCCGCUGGAGUGUGACUGUGGUCUGGCCUGGCUGCCGCGUUGGGCAGAGGAGCAGCAGGUCCGUGUGGUGCGGCCUGAGGCGGCCACGUGUGCUGGGCCCGGCCCUCUGGCCGGCCGGCCCCUCCUCAGCGGCCCCCUGUUGGACAGCAGCUGUGGUGAGGAGUACGUUGCCUGUGUCCCUGACGACAGCUCGGGCGCCGUGGCGCUGGUGGCUUUCUCAGCUGCCCAUGAGGGCCCGCUGGCCCCUGAGGCCUGCAGUGCCUUCUGCUUCGCGGCUGGCCGGGGCCUCGCGGCCCUCUCAGAGCAGGGCAGGUGCCUGUGCGGGUUGGCCCGGCCUCCCAAUGCCUCUUCGGCCUGCCUACCCUCCUGCUCCAGCCCCCCACUGCCCCCCGCCCCCACCUGCCGGGGGCCCACCCUCCUCCAGAACAUCUUCCCUGCCUCCCCAGGGGCUGCCCUGGUGGGGCCCCAAGGACCUCUGGCCUCUGGCCAGCCCGCAGCCUUCCACGUCACUGCCUCACUGCCAGUCAGCUCCACGCGCUGGGACUUCGGCGACGGCUCCCCUGAGGUGGACAUUGCUGGCGCGGAUGCCACUCACCACUAUGUGCUGCCUGGGCGCUAUCCCGUGACGGCCGUGCUGGCCCUGGGGGUCGGCUCUGCUCGGCUCUGGGCAGAGGUGUGGGUGGAGGCGGCUCCCGUAGCCCUGGAGCUCAUGUGUCUGGCCUCUGUGCAUAGCGACGAGACCCUGAAGCUUGGCGUCCGAAACCGUGGCGGCUCUGGCCUCGAGGCCACCUACAGCAUUGUGGCCCUGGGCGAGGAGCCAGCCCGAGUGGUGCAUCCGCUCUGCCCCUCGGACACUGAGAUCUUCCCUGGUAACGGGCGCUGCUACCGCCUGGUGGUGGAGAAGGCGGCCUGGCUGCAGGCACAGGAGCAGUGCCGGGCCUGGGCCGGGGCCGCCCUGGCUAUGGUGGACAGUCCUGCCGUCCAGCACUUCCUGGUCUCCCGCGUCACCAGGAGCCUGGACGUGUGGAUCGGCUUCUCAGCUGUGGAGGGGGUAGAGGUGGGCCCAGCGCCGCAGGGUGAGGCCUUCAGCCUGGAGAGCUGCCAGAACUGGCUGCCUGGGGAGCCGCACCCUGCCACAGCUGAGCGCUGCGUGCGGCUCGGGCCUGCUGGGCAGUGCAACACGGACCUGUGCUCGGCACCGCACAGUUACGUCUGUGAGCUGCGGCCCGGAGGCCCUGUGUGGGACGCAGAGAACUUCCUCGUGGGAGCACCCAGUGGGGACCUGCAGGGGCCCCUGAGCCCCCUGGUGCAGCAGGAGGCCCUCACAGCCCCCCGGGAGCCCGUUGAGGUGAUGGUGUUUCCUGGCUUGAGCCCGAGCCGUGAAGCCUUCCUCACUGCUGCCGAGUUCGGGACCCCGGAGCUCGGCGGGCCUGCCCAGCUGCGGCUGCAGGUGUAUCGAGCCAUGCGAGGAACAGGGGCCCCAGGAAACAGCAGCGAGCCCCAGAGUAGGUCCCUGGAAAACAGGACUGAGCCCAUCCCUACAUGCACACCAGAAGGACACCCGUGCCCCAGAUCCAACAUCUGCCUGCCUCUGGACACCCCCUGCCACCUUCGGGCCUGUGCCAACGGAACCACAUCAGGGCUGGGGCUCCCUGGGGUCUCCUAUGCAUUGUGGAAAGAGUUCCUCUUCUCUGUGCCUGCGGGCCCCCCUGCCCAGUACUCGGUCACCUUCCACGACCAGGGCAGCCCCCUGCUCCCUGGUGACCUCAUCAGCUUGCAGCACGAUGCCGGACCGGGCGCCCUCCUGCGCUGCCCCCCAGCACUCAGCGUCCCUGGCUCCGAGGCCCCGUACUUCUCCACCAACGUCUCAGCCUGGCUGGCCCACCUGCCUGCCAAGCUGGAGGCGGCCCCGGCUGGCCCUGCCUGUGCCCUGCGGCUGCUUGUUGCCACAGAGCGGCUCACCCCUCUGCUGGGCCUGAGCCCCAACCCAGGGCUGCGGCGGCCAGGGCGCUAUGAGGUCAGGGCCACAGUGGGCAACAGCGUGUCCAGGCACAACCUGUCCUGCAGCUUCAACGUCUUCUCCCCGGUGGCAGGGCUUCGGGCCAUCUACCCGGCCCCCUACGACGGCCGCCUCUACAUGCCCACCAACGGCUCGGCCUUGGUGCUCCAGGUGGACUCCGGCACCAACGCCACGGCCACUGCACGCUGGCCUGGGGGCAACGUCAGUGCGCCCUUCGAGGCUGCCUGCCCUGCCACUGUGGCUGCCCUGGUGCCUGGCUGUGCCCACGAGGCCAAUAGCACCCUGUUCUCGGUGCUGGCACUGCCCGGGCUCAGCGAGGGCGAGCACGAUGUGGAGGUUGUGGUGGAGAACGGUGCUGGCCGGGCCAACCUCAGCCUGCGGGUGAAGGCUGAGGAACCCAUCCGAGGUCUCCGCGCCACGCCCAGCCCUGAGGCCCGAGUGCUGCAGGGCGUCCUGGUGAGGUACAGCCCCGUGGUGGAGGCUGGCUCGGAUGUGGUCUUCCGCUGGACCAUUGAUGACAAGCAGUCCCUGACCUUCCACAAUGUGGUCUUCAACGUCAUCUACCAGAGCGCCGCCGUCUUCAAGCUCUCGCUGACGGCCUCCAACCACGUGAGCAACGUCACCGUGAACUACAACGUCACCGUCGAGCGGAUGCACAGGAUGCGGGGCCUGCGGGUGUCUGCGGUGCCGCCCGUGCUGCCCCCCAAUGCCACGCUGGCGCUGGCGGCUGACGUGCUGGUGGACUCGGCCAUGGAGGUGGCCUUUCUGUGGACCUUCGGGGAUGGGGAGCAGGUGAUCGGCCAGUUCAAGCCUCCAUACAACGAGUCCUUCCAGGUCCCAGACCCCACAGUGGCCCAGGUGCUGGUGGAGCACAACAUCACACAUACCUACACUGUCCCAGGUGAAUACAACCUGACCCUGCUCGUGUCCAGUACCUUCGAGAACCUGACGCAGCAGGUGCCUGUGAGUGUGCGCGCCACCCUGCCCGCCGUGGCCGUGGCCACGGGCAGCCAGGUCUUGGUGGCUGGCUGGCCUGUCACCUUCUUCCCGCACCCGCUUCCCUCGCCUGGGGGUGUCCUGUACACGUGGGAUUUCGGGGAUGGCUCCCCAGAUGUAACACAGCUCCAGCCAGAGAUCAACCACACGUUCGCCUCGAGGGGCGCAUACCACAUCCAACUGGAGGUCAACAACACGGUGAGUAGUACAGUGGCGAGCAUCAGCGUCCGUGUCUUCGAGGAGCUCCGUGGGCUGACCGUGAGCCUGAGCCCGGCCGUGGAGCAGGGUGCACCUGUGGUGGUCAGCGCCACCCUGGAUUCGGGUGACAACGUCACAUGGACUUUCGACAUGGGGGACGGCACAGUGCUCAUGGGCCCUGAGGCCACAGUAGAGCACGUGUACCUGCGGGCGCAGAACUGCACGGUGACCGUGGGCGCGUCCAGCCCCACUGGAAACCUGGCCCGGAGCCUGCCCAUACAGGUUUUUGUCCUGGAGGUGCUGUGGAUCGACCCUACAGCCUGCAUUCCCACCCAGCCCCACGCCCAGCUCACAGCCCACGUCACUGGGAACCCUACCAACUACAUCUUCGACUGGACCUUCGGGGACGGAUCAUCCAACACGACUGUCCGGGGGGACCCGACAGUGAUGCACAAUUUCACACGUAGUGGUACAUUCCCCCUGGCACUGGUCCUGUCGAGCCACGUGAAUAAGGCGCAUUACUUCAGCAGCAUCUGCGUGGAGCCCGAGGUGGGCAACAUCACCAUGUGGCCCGAGAGGCAGUUUGUGCGGGUCGGGGACACAGCCCGGCUAGUUGCCUGUGCCUGGCCCCCAUUCCCCUACCGCUACACCUGGGACUUUGGCACUGAGGAUGCUGCUGCCCGCGUUGGGGGCCCUGAGGCCACGUUCACCUACUGGGACUCAGGUUCCUACCUGGUGACCGUCACCGUGUCCAACAACAUCUCAGCUGCCAACGACUCGGCACUCGUGGAGGUGCAGGAGCCUGUGGAUCUCACAGGCAUCAGGGUCAAUGGCUCCCAUGUGCUGGAGCUGCAGCAGCCCUACCUGUUCUCUGCUGUGGGACGCGGGCACCCCGCCACCUACCUGUGGGAGCUGGGGGAUGGCGGGCGGCUCCAGGGCCCUGCGGUCACCCACGCCUACAGCAGCACGGGCUGCUUCCCCGUCAGGGUGUCUGGCUGGAACGAGGUAAGCCGUGGGGAGGCCCAGCUGAAUGUCACCGUGCAGCAGCGUGUGCGGGGGCUCAGCGUCAACGCCAGCCGCACGGUGGUACCCCUGAACGGCAGCGUGAGCUUCAGCACCUCCCUGGAGGCGGGCAGUGACGUGCAUUACUCCUGGGUCCUCUGUGACCGCUGCACACCCAUCCCUGGGGGCCCCACCAUCUCCUACACCUUCCGGUCUGUCGGCACCUUCAACAUCAUUGUCACGGCUGAGAAUGAGGUGGGCGCCGCCCAGGACAGUAUCUUCAUCUAUGUCCUGCAGCACAUCGAGGGGCUGCAGGUGGUGGGCGGCGGCAGUAGCUGCUGCUUCCCCACCAACCGCACGCUGCAGCUGCAGGCCUCAGUCAGGGAUGGUACCAAUAUCUCCUACAGCUGGACCGCUCAGCGGGACAGUGGCCUGGCCCUGGCUGGCAGCGGCAAAGCCUUCUCGCUCACCGUGCUCGAGGCUGGCACCUACCACGUCCAGCUGCGGGCCACCAACAUGCUGGGCAGCGCCUCGGCCAACCGCACCGUGAACUUUGUGGAGCCUGUGGGGUGGCUGGCCGCCGCCGCCUCCCCGAACCCAGUGGCUGUCAAUGCAAGUGUCACCCUCCGUGCUGAGCUGGCUGGUGGCAGUGGCGUCACUUACACCUGGUCCCUGGAGGAAGGGCUGGGCUGGGAGACCCCAGAGCCAUCCACCACCCACACCUUUCCCAGCCCCGGCAUGCACCUGGUCACAGUCAUGGCCAAGAACCAACUGGGCUCAGCCAACGCCAGCAUUGAGGUGGCUGUGCAAGUGCCUGUCAGUGGCCUCAGCAUCAGGGCUGGUGAACUGGACUGCAGCUUUGUGGUGGCCAGUUCCACCGUGCCUUUCUGGGGGCAGCUGGCCUCGGGCACCAAUGUGAGCUGGUGCUGGGCCGUGCCGGGUGGCAGCAGGCAUGGCCAACACAUCGCCGUGGUCCUCCCCGACGCCGGCACCUUUUCCAUUCAGCUCAACGCCUCCAACGCGGUCAGCUGGGUCGUGGCCACACACAACCUCACGGUGGAGGAGCCCAUCGUGGGCCUGGUGCUAUGGGCCAGCAGGAAGGUGGUGGAGCCCGGGCAGCUGGUUCACUUUCAGAUCCUGCUGGCUGCCGGCUCGGCCGUCAGCUUCCACCUACAGGUCAGUGGGGCUGGCCUCGAGGUGCUCCCUGGGCCCCACUUCUCCCGCAGCUUCCCCCGGCUCGGGGACUACACGGUGAGCAUCCAGGCCGAGAACCACGUAAGCCGGGUGCAGGCGCAGGUGCGUGUCUCAGUGCUGGAGGCCGUGGGUGGGCUCCAGGUGCCCGACUGCUGCGAGCCGGCCAUCGCCACGGGCUCCGAGAGGAACUUCACGGCCCGGGUGCAGCGGGGUUCCCGUGUUGCCUACGCGUGGUACUUCUCGCUGCAGAAGGUUCAGGGAGACUCACUGGUCAUCCUGUCGGGUCGCGACGUCACCUAUACUCCCGUGGCUGCAGGGCUGCUGGAGAUCCACGUGCGAGCCUUCAAUGAGCUGGGCGGCGUAAACCACACACUCAUGAUUGAUGUCCAGGACGUCAUUCAGCACGUGGCGCUGCGCAGCGGCCGCUGCUUCACCAACCGCUCGGCCCGCUUCGAGGCUGCCACGAGCCCCAGCCCCCGGCGAGUGGCCUACCACUGGGACUUUGGGGACGGGGCCCUGGCAGAGGACACGGAGGUUCCCUGGGUGGCUCACUCCUACCUGCAGCCUGGGGACUACCGUGUGGAGGUGAACGCCUCCAACCUGGUGAGCUUCUUUGUGGCACAGACCACGGUCACCGUCCAUGUGCUGGCCUGCAGGGAGCCCGAGGUGGAUGUGGCCCUGCCCCCACAGGUACUUAUGCGGCGCUCCCAGCGCAACUACCUGGAGGCCCACGUCGACCUGCGUGACUGCGUCACGUACCAGACUGAGUACCGCUGGGAGGUGUACCGUGCCACCAGCUGCCAGCGGCCUGGGCGCAUGGCCCGGGUGACCCUGCCCAGUGUGGAUGUGAGCCGGCCCCAGCUGGUGGUGCCACGGAUGGUGCUGCCUGUGGGCCACUACUGCUUUGUGUUCGUGGUGUCGUUUGGGGACACACCGCUGGCACAGAGCAUCCAGGCCAAUGUGACAGUGGCCCCUGAGCGCCUGGUGCCCAUUGUCGAGGGUGGCUCCUACCGUGUGUGGUCGGACUCUCAGGACCUGGUGCUGGAUGGGAGCAAGUCCUAUGACCCCAACCUGGAGGACGGUGACCAGACGCCACUCAGCUUCCACUGGGCCUGCGUGGCCUCGACGCAGAGUGAGACUGGCGGGUGUGCACUGAACUUCGGGCCCCGUGGGAGCAGCGUGGUCACCAUCCCCCGGGAGCGUCUGCAAGCCGGUGUGGAGUACACCUUCAACCUGACCGUAUGGAAGGCAGGCCGCAAGGAGGAGGUCACCAACCAGACGGUGCUGAUCCGGAGUGGCCGGGUACCCAUCGUGUCCUUGGAGUGUGUGUCCUGCAAGGCGCAGGCGGUGUACGCAGUGAGCCGCAGCUCCUACGUGUACCUGGAGGGCCGCUGUGACAACUGCGGCGGGGGCUCCGAGCGCGGGCGCUGGGCCGCGCGCAGCUUUAGCAAUGAGACACUGGUGCUGGAUGAGACGACCACGUCCACGGGCAGUGCGGGCAUGCGGCUGGUGGUGCGGCGCGGCGUACUACGGGACGGCGAGGGCUACACAUUCACGCUCACGGUGCUGGGCCACUCGGGCCAGGAGCAGGGCUGCGCCUCCAUCCAUCUUGCCCCGAACCGCCCUCCACUGGGGGGCUCCUGCCGCCUUUUCCCGCUCGAGGCCGUGCGCGCCCUCACCACCAAGGUGCACUUCAAGUGUGUGGGCUGGCAGGAUGAGGAGGACGCGGGUGCUCCACUGGUGUAUGCCCUGCUGCUGCGGCGCUGUCACCAGGGCCACUGCGAGGAGUUCUGUGUCUACAAGGGCAGCCUCUCCACCUAUGGGGCCGUGCUGCCACCUGGCUUUGCGCCCCACUUUGUGGUGGGCCUGGCUGUGGUUGUGCAGGACCAGCUGGGUGCCGCCGUGGUCGCCCUCAACAGGUCUCUGGCCAUCACCCUGCCAGAGCCCCCCGGAGAGUCCCCCGACGGCCCCCCAGAUCUCACGCCCUGGCUGUACAGCCUCACAGAGAGCACGCUGCCUGGGCUGCUGCGCCAGGCCGACCCCCAGCACGUCAUCGAGUACUCGCUGGCCCUCAUCGCUGUGCUCAAUGAGUACGAGCAGGCCCUGGCCAUGGUGGCAGAGCCAGACCCCAGGCGGCAGCUGCGCGCCCGGAUACGCAAGAAUGUCACCGAGACCCUGGUCUCCCUGCGGGUUAACACCGUGGACGAUAUCCAGCAGGUUGCAGCCGCCCUGGCCCAGUGCACGGUGUCCAGCUGGGAAUUCGUGUGCCGCUCGUGCCUGAAGAAGACACUGCACAAGCUAGAGGGCAUGAUGCGCAUCCUGCAGGCUGAGACCGCUGCGGGCACUGGGACGCCCACUGCCAUUGCUGACAGCAUCCUCAACAUCACAGGUGACCUCAUCCACCUGGCCAGCUCGGACGUGCAGGGCCCACAGCCCUCGGAGCUGGGGGCAGAGCCGCCGUCACUACUGGUGGCAUCCAGGGCCUACCAGCUCUCAUCGGCCCUCAUGGGUAUUCUCAUGCGCUCCCGUGUGCUCAACGAGGAGCCCCUGACCCUGGCGGGUGAAGAGAUCGUGGCACAGGGCAAGCGCUCGGAUCCACUGAGUCUGCUGUGCCAGGGCGACGCCUCGGGCCCCGGCUGCCACUUCUCCAUCCCCACAGCCUUCAGCGGGGCCCUGUCCAACCUCAGUGAUGUGGUGCAACUCAUCCUCCUCGUCGACUCCAACCCCUUCCCCUUUGGCUACAUCAGCAACUACACUGUCUCCACCAAGGUGGCGUCCAUGGCUUUCCAGACACAGGCCGGCACCCAGAUCCCCAUUGGGCAGCUGGCCUCAGAGCGCGCCAUCACCGUGAAGGUGCCCAACAACUCAGACCAGGCUGCCCAGGGUCACCGCAUCCCUGCUGGCUCCACUAUCGUCCAGCCCCAGGCCUCAGUCAGUGUCGUGGUCACCCCCGAGAACAGCAACCCUGAGGCCGGGCUUCACCUGCAGCUUACUUUCAUGGUGCUGAACGAGCACUACCUGCCAGAGGAGCCUGAGCCCUACCUGGCCGCCUACCUGCACGCUAUGCCCUGGCCCAACGAGCACAACUGCUCAGCCAGCAGGAGGAUCAGCCUGGAGGUCCUGGCAGGCGACGACCACAGGCCUUACACCUUCUUCAUCGCCCCAGGGACCAGAGAUCUGGGCGCUAGCUACUACCUGAACCUGACCAGCCACUUCCGAUGGUCAGCACUGGAGGUGUCCGUGGGUCUGUACACGUCCCUCUGCCAGUACUUCAGCGAGAAGGAGAUGGCAUGGCGGACAGAGGGCCUCGUGCCCCUAGAGGAGACCUCGCCCAGCCAGGCUGUCUGCCUCACCCGCCACCUCACCGCCUUCGGUGCCAGUCUCUUUGUGCCUCCCAGCCACGUCCACUUCAUCUUCCCCGAGCCAGCCUCAAGCGUGAACUACAUCGUCCUGCUGACGUGCACUGUGUGCCUGGUGACCUACGCGGUCACGGCUGUGAUCCUGCGUAAGCUGGACCAGCUGGACAUCAGCCGGGUCCGCGUCAUCCCGUUCUGCGGGAAGGGGGGUCGCUUCAAGUAUGAGAUCCUGGUCAAGACCGGCUGGGGCCGGGGCUCAGGGACCACAGCUCAUGUGGGCAUCAUGCUGUACGGGGCGGACAGCCGCAGCGGCCACCGGCACCUGGAUGGGGACGGAGCCUUCCACCGCAACAGCCUGGACAUUUUCCAGAUCGCCACCCCACACAGCCUGGGCAGCGUGUGGAAGAUCCGCGUGUGGCAUGACAACAAAGGGCUGAGCCCCGCCUGGUUCCUGCAGCACAUCAUCGUCAGGGACCUGCAGAACGCCCGCAGCACCUUCUUCCUGGUCAACGACUGGCUGUCAGUGGAGACGGAGGCCAACGGGGGCCUGGUGGAGAAGGAGGUGCUGGCGGCAAGUGAUGUGGCCCUGCAGCGGUUCCAGCGCCUCCUGGUGGCCGAACUGCAGCGCGGCUUCUUUGACAAACAUGUCUGGCUCUCCAUGUGGGACCGGCCACCUCGGAGCCGCUUUACACGUGUCCAGCGAGCCACGUGCUGCGUCCUCCUCAUCUGCCUCUUCCUGGGUGCCAACGCCGUGUGGUACGGUGCUGUGGGAGAUGCUACCUACAGUGUGAGGCCCGCGUCCAGUCUGAUCCCACUGAGCAUCGACACCAUCGCCGUCGGCCUGGUGUCCAGCCUGGUUGUCUACCCCGUCUACCUGGCCAUCCUGUUCCUCUUCCGGAUGUCCCGGAGCAAGGUGGCCGGGGGCCCGAGCCCCACACCAGCAGGGCCGCAGGCGCUGGACAUGGACAGCUGCCUGGACUCAUCUGUGCUGGACAGCUCCGUACUUGCCUUCCCAGGACUCGGUGCUGAGGUGCGGGCUCCCCAGGGCCUGCCCGGAUGGGGUCGUGUUCUGGGCAGCCUGGAAUCAGGUUUCCUCUGUGCUUCUCAACAGGCCUUUGCUGGACAAAUGAAACAUGACUUAUUUGUGGAGGAUUCUAAAAGCCUGGUGUGCUGGCCAUCCAGCGAAGGCACCCUCAGUUGGCCAGACUUGCUGAGUGACCCAUCCGUCAUGGGCAGCACCCUGCAGCGGCUGGCCCGGGGCCGGAUGGGCCGCACGCCGGGCCCGGAGGAUGACAGUCUCUCCCUGGUCAGCCCCUCCUCACCUGCCAAAUACUUCUCAGCUUCAGAUGAAGACCUGAUCCGGCAGAUCCUGGCUGAAGGGGCUGGCAGCCUGGCCCCCACCCAGGACACUCAAGGAGAAACAGAUCUGCUCGCUGGCCUCUGCCCUGUCUCUGUAGCAGCUCUGGAGCCCGGAAGGUCAGGUCGGGUGGCGCCGGGAGAGACAGGCAGCUCGGCAUGUGAAAGACACACGUACGUUUCCUUGUCCAGAAGCCGGUCUUUGGUUUCGCGUGCAGCGAGGCCUGGUGUGCUGGCACAGAGAUCAGGCUGGGGGACCAGGCUGGAGGCCGGAUGGUGGCGCUGUGGGGGGCGAUGGCUGCUGGAGCGGUGGCAGGACGGAGGGGCAACAGGUCACAGUGAUGUGAGGCGAGGACCGGGUCCCGGAGGAGGUGACCUGGCCCCUCCCCAGAGUGACCAGUGGUGUUCUGGCCUUCAGCACCAUCUCCACCUGGCUUGGGGCAGUGUCCUCUCUCUCCAUGGACCAGGAGAAGGGAAUGGACGGGCCCAGAGAGGUGGGCUGGCUGCGCCUUGGGUGGCAUGUGGGCCGACAGGUGAGUGCUGGCUGCUCUGCCUGUGCCUCAGGUGCAGUGCCCCUGGUGAGAGGAAUCAGACGCUAAUACUGCCAGGGGAGAGGGGGCUGCCCAGCCCAAGCCUGACGUGGGAGCAGCCCCAGCCGGCAGAGCUGUCCAGGACAGGGCUGGUGGAGGGUCUGCGGAAACGACUGCUGCCGGCCUGGUGUGCGCCCCUGGCCCACGGGCUCAGCCUGCUCCUGGUGGCCGUGGCCGUGGGGGUGUCAGGGUGGGUCGGCGCUGGCUUCCCCCCCAGCGUGUCUGUCAUGUGGCUCCUCUCAAGCAGCUCCAGCUUCCUGGCUUCGUUCCUCUGCUGGGAGCCACUCAAGGUCCUGCUGGAAGCUCUGUAUUUCUCACUGGUGGCCAAGCGGCUGCACCCUGAUGAGGAUGAUACGCUGGUGGAAAGCCCGGCCGUGACGCCCGUGAGCGAGCGUGUGCCCCGCGUGCGGCCGCCCCAUGGCUUUGCGCUCUUCCUGGCAAAGGAGGAAGCCCGAAAGGUCAAGAGGCUGCACAGGAUGCUGAGGGGCCUUCUGGUAUACAUGUUCUUCCUGCUGGUGACGCUGCUGGCCAACUAUGGGGACACCUCGUGCCACGACCAUGCCUACCGCCUGCAGAGCGCCAUCAAGCAGGAGCUGGACAGCCAGGCCUUCCUGGCCAUCACCCGGUCUGAUGAGUUCUGGCCGUGGAUGUCCCACGUGCUGCUCCCCUACAUCCACGGGAACCCGUCGAGACCAGAGCUGGGGCCCCCACGACUGCGGCAGGUGCGGCUACAGGAAGCGCUCUGCCUGGACCCGCCUGGCUCAGGGGCCCCUACGUGCUUAGCAGCCUCAGGGGGCUUCAGCACCAGCGACUACGGCAUUGGCUGGGGGAGUGCUGCCCACAACGGCUCUGAGAUGUGGGCCUACUCGGCGCCAGACCUGCUGGGCGUCUGGUACUGGGGCUCCUGUGCCGUGUAUGACAGCGGGGGCUACGUGCAGGAGCUGGGGCCCAGCCUGGAAGAGAGCCGCGCGCAGCUGGGCUUCCUGCAGCUGCACAACUGGAUCGACAACAGGAGCCGUGCAGUGUUCGUGGAGCUCACGCACUACAGCCCGGCGGUGGGGCUGCACGCCGCCGUCACGCUGCGCCUGGAGUUCCCGGCGGCCGGACACGCAGUAGCGGCGCUCAGCGUCCGCCCGUUCGCGCUGCGGCGCCUUAGCGCCGGCCUCUCGCUGCCGCUGCUCACCUCGGUGAGCCUGCUGCUGUUCGCUGUGUACUUCUCCGCGGCUGAGGUGGGCGCCUGGCGCAGGGAGGGGCGUGCGCGCGCCACGCGGCCUGGGACCUGGGCGCGGUGGCUGCUGGUGGCGCUGACGGCGGCUGCAGCGCUGGUGCGCCUGGCCCAGCUGGGCGCCGCUGACCGCCAGUGGACCCGCUUCCUGCGCGGCCGCCCGCGCCGCUUUACCAGCUUCGAGCAGGUGGCACAGCUGAGCGCCGUGGCCCGCGGCCUGACCGCUUCGCUGCUCUUCUUGCUUUUGGUCAAGGCUGCCCAGCAGCUGCGCUUUGUGCGCCAGUGGUCGGUUUUCGGCAAGACGCUGUGCCGGGCCCUGCCAGAGCUCGUGGGGGCGGCCUUAGGCCUGGUGGUGCUCGCCGUGGCCUACGCGCAACUGGCUGUCCUGUUGGUCUCCUCCUGCGUGGACUCACUUCGGAGCGCUGCCCGGGCCCUCCUGGUGCUGUGUCCCGAGGCUGGGGGUCCUGCCCUGUGCCCUGCAGAGUCCUGGCGCCUGUCCCCUGUGCUAUGCACGGGGCUCUGGGCCCUGCGGCUGUGGGGUGCCCUGAGGCUGGGGGCAGUCCUCCUGCGGUGGCGGUACCACGCUCUGCGUGGGGAGCUGUACCGCCCAGCUUGGGAGCCGCAGGACUACGAGAUGGUGGAACUGUUCUUGCGCCGGCUGCGCCUCUGGAUGGGCUUCAGCAAAGUCAAGGAGUUCCGCCACAAAGUCCGCUUUGAAGGGAUGGAGCCCUUGCCCUCCCGCUCAUCCAGGGGCUCCAAGUCUUCUCCGGAUGUGCCCCCACCCAGCGGAGGCUCCGACGCCUCCCGCCCCUCCACCUCCUCCAGCCAGCUGGAUGCGCUGAGCGUGGGCUUGGGCCGGCCAGGGCCCCGAGGGGAGCCCGAACCUGAGCCCUCCCGUCUCCAAGCCGUGUUUGAGGCCCUACUCGCCCAGUUUGACCGACUCAACCAGGCCACGGAGGAUGUCUACCAGCUGGAGCAGCGGCUGCAGAGCCUGCAUGGCCGUAGGAGCAGCGGGCCCACAGCCUCACCUCCCCCUAGCCCCUCCCCAGGCCUGAGGCCAGUCCUGCCCAGCCGCCUUGUCCGGGUCAGUGGAGGCGUUGGCUUGGCUAUAGGCCCCAGCAGGGCAUCCCUGCGGGCCAAGAACAAGAUCCACCCCAGCAGCACUUAGUCCCAGGGGAUCUGGGCUCAUGCCUCUUCUCUGGGGUGGGCCUGUGGCUUCACUCUGGCCCCUCAGAGCCAGAGCAGACACCGCUCAGUAUUAUUACCUUCUGCCACCCUCCAGGUUUCAGGCCAGGCAGAACAGCUGCACGCAGGUCCCCCAGAGAGCAGGCAGCACUUGUGUCUCUCUGUGGGCUUCAGCACUUUAAAGAGGCCGCGUGGCCAGCUAGGACCCAGGGUCCCCUCCCCAGUUCCCUGUGGGAGGUCCCCUCCCCAGUUCCCUGUGGGAGGACACAACAGUAUUGGACUGAGUGCCCGGCCUCUGAGAUGCUAAUUUAUUUCCCAAGUCCUCAGGUACAGCGGGCUGUGCCCGGCCCCACCUCCUGGGCAGACAUCUCCCCCUUGCUAAGGAUCCAGGCUAUGGGGGAUGGAACCUGCACCUCCUGUCAUCCUCCUCCCUAAAUUAUUACCUCCUCUGUCCCCCUGCUGAGUGCAUUCACCUCCAGCUGCCGCUGUGUGUCUAUUGUCUGUCAGUAAUUUAUGUGGGGUUAAAAUGUAUAUAUUUUUGUACGUCGCUUUUAUUUUUCAAUAGGGCCAAGGGGCCUGGUGGCUGAAACAGCCUGUGCCCACUGUCACCCACCUUAAGGGGGAGCUGGGACUGCAGAGCUGGCCUCCCUCCCCAGACACCUGCCCACACGGCUAGGGAAGCAACAGCCACUUCUUGGCUCCAAGUCUGGCCUUGGGCAGGUGCUGGGCAGAGAGGACGGUUGGAGGGGUGCAACCACCCCGGGCCCUUCUUGUCACCACCAUGGCCUUAUUCUCCUCCCCUGCCCAGGCCUGCUGGUGGGUCUGGGUGAGGGGCAGCACCAGUGCAUGGCACGGGGCCCUAGGGUGGGUAAGGGGAAAGAUCUCUCCCCGGGGGCUGGCUCCCGGGCCAGGGGAGGUGAGCAUGACAGUGCACAUGUGAGGCUUUCCUGAGGGCAAGGCCCCAACAGCAGCCUGACAGGCCCCCUCCCCACUCCAGUGGGCAUGGCCAAAGCUACAGCCUUGAUCCCACCCCACCCAACAGACGAAGUCAAAUAAAUGAGUUGACUGAC